CCCUCCUUUCCAACCCCUCAUCAUCACAUCCUUCAUCUCUUACCUUCUCUUUUCAUAUCAUUCAUUAUUCCAUUAUCACUCUUUUCCUUCUCAAAACUCUCCAAAAAAACACUAUUUUCAAACAUCAAAAUGUGCAGCUCCAAGGCCAAAGUAGGCAUAGAAAGCAAAACCACAGCCACAGCUACAUCACCUGUUGCCAAAAUCAAUGGAAGACCUGUUCUUCAACCAACUUGUAACAGAGUGCCAAAUCUUGAAAGAAGAAAUUCAAUCAAGAAAUUACCACCAAAAUCACUUUCACUACCAUCAUCACCACCACUUCCAACCAAAACUUCAUCAACACCACCACUUUCUCCAAAGCUAAAGUCACCAAGACCACCAGCAACAAAGAGAGUCAAUGAAACUUAUCUCUUGAACACAAGUUCUGAAAAGAUUGUAAUACCAAGAAACUCAACAAAGAUUUCAACUAUAAAAAAGUCAAAGAGCUUUAAAGAAGGUUCUACUGAGGCAUCAUUGAGUUACUCUUCAAAUUUGAUCACUGAUUCACCAGGGAGUAUUGCUGGCUUGAGGAGAGAACAGAUGGCAUUGCAGAAUGCUCAGAGGAAAAUGAAGAUUGCUCAUUAUGGAAGAUCAAAGUCUGCAAAAUUUGAAAGUGUUUCUAUUCCUCUUGAUUCUUCAAACAAUCUUAUUUCAAAAACAAGUGAGGAGGAGGAGAAAAGAUGUAGCUUUAUUACACCUAAUUCAGAUCCCAUCUAUAUUGCUUAUCAUGAUGAGGAAUGGGGAGUUCCAGUUCAUGAUGACAAGAUGUUGUUUGAACUUCUAGUUUUAAGUGGUGCUCAAGUUGGAUCUGAUUGGACCUCAAUCUUGAAGAAACGUCAAGAUUUCAGGACUGCAUUUUCAGAAUUUCAUGCAGCAACAUUGGCCAACUUAACUGAUAAACAAAUGUUGUCUAUUAGUUUGGAAUAUGGGAUUGAUAUAAGCAGAGUUCGAGGAGUUGUUGAUAAUGCUAAUCGAAUUUUAGAGGUUAACAAGGACUUUGGUUCAUUUGACAAAUACAUAUGGGGUUUUGUGAAUCAUAAACCUAUUUCCACACAAUACAAGUUUGGCCAUAAGAUUCCAGUGAAGACAUCAAAAUCAGAGAGCAUAAGCAAAGACAUGAUCAGAAGAGGUUUUAGGUUUGUAGGCCCCACAGUGGUACAUUCGUUUAUGCAAGCAGCUGGUCUCACCAAUGACCACUUAAUCACUUGCCACAGCCACUUGAAAUGCACAUUAUUGUCAUGCUGAUGAGCAUAGUUUUAAUGUGCUAAUUAACUAUAGUUUACCUUUAAUUAGUGUGUUGUGUAUAAUAUUAGAUAGGAACAAAAAAACAUUGGUUUUCUUAGUUAUGAGAUGUGAGGAGUUUAUUGACAGUUUGAGUGUGGUUUGCAGUACUAGUUGAGAGAAAAAAAUUUGAUAAUUGGAAAGAAGAAAAAUGUUUAGGAUUGAUGUAGUAAGUGUGUGUUUUGGUUUUAUGCCAAAAUUAAUUUUUGAUUGAAUUUUUUUGUAAAAUUGGUUGUAGUUAAAGUUGAGUUUAAGGUGAAAUUGUUUAUGUUUG